AUCAGAUAAUUGUUUCGUUACAUGUUUGUCUAUCUGGUACGAUUCUAUGUUGGGGCUGCUGUAUUGUUUUGAUUGGGAAAAUCAUUAACACCGGUAGCUACAAUUACAGCUACGGAUUCUGUUAUCUAAGGUCUCCCCCGUAGUCAUAGACGGCAUGGAUGAGCAGACUGGUUCUCCAGGAGCCAACACCGAAAACAACGGCCAGAGAAAUGGAGAGGAGAAGCCCCGGCGUGGCAGCUGGACCAAGGGGAGGAAGAGGAAGAAGCCAAUGAAGGACAGCAAUGCACCAAAGGCCCCUCUCACAGGCUACGUUCGCUUUAUGAAUGACAGACGGGAGCAGCUACGAGCAGAACGUCCAGACGUGCCCUUUCCAGAGAUUACGAGGAUGCUGGGCAACGAGUGGAGCAAGCUGCCCCCCGAGGAGAAGCAGCGAUACUUGGAUGAGGCGGAGCGCGAUAAGGAGCGUUACAUGCGGGAGCUGGAGAAGUACCAGAAGACUGAGGCCUACAAACAUUUCACUAGGAAGGUUCAGGAGAAGCAGAAGGGCAAGCGACACAGGGGAGAUGGUGGGCAUCAGGUAGCCAAUGAGGCUCUUCACGAGAAGGAUGCAGAAGGGAAGGACAGAACUGUGUUCGACAUACCAAUCUUCACAGAGGAGUUUCUCAACCACAGCAAAGCACGUGAAGCUGAGAUGCGGCAGCUGCGUAAGACCAACAUGGAGUAUGAGGAGCGUAACGCAGCACUGCAGAAACAUGUGGAGAGCAUGCGCGGGGCAGUUGAGAGGCUGGAAGGCGAUGUGAUGCAAGAAAGGGGACGCAACGGUCUCCUCCACCAACACUUGGAGACCCUGCGCCAGGCUCUCACCUCCAGCUUCUCCUCCGUACCUCUACCAGCCAGUGGAGAGACACCCACUCUUGACACCAUUGACUCCUACAUGAAGAAGCUCCACAGCAUCAUUGUCAGUAACCCCCAAGAACAUGAGAAUCUCAUUAACACUGUGAGAGACGUUGUCAACCGUUUGGACAGAUAAUUGGACCAAGUCCAGCUGAUUUGAUGGAUUGAGAUUCACCCUGACAUUCAGUAGACGCUGCUCCCUGCCAGUGAAUCUUCCUGUCGAUCUGUCAUCCCAAUUGGUUUUAAAACAUCAUUUAUUACUCCACUAAGGUGACAUAGGUGAAGGUGAUGUAGUGUCUCAUAUUUAUUUAUUAUUUUUUACAUAUUUUUAAAACUUUGUUCACACUUUAAUAUAGCUGUAGUUUGUUUUAUAAAAUACUCAGAUGAAAGAGUUUUCUGUAACUCACUGAUCCUGUUCUGUCCUCAAACUUCAACAAACAUCUAAAGCAUUAUCAACCAUGCUCUGAUCAAAGAGAAAUGUGUCAGUGGGUUUGUACUUAACCAUAUUUGACAGAUGUUGUGGAGUGGAAAAUGUGCCAUUUAUUUUUUUCCCUGUGUGAAAAAGUGUCUGUGUUUUCAAUAAACGUAUUUACAUCACGUGA